GCUGACUGAUCGCACAAGCUCAGGGAGAGCGGAAGAGCUUCUGCAGUCUGCCUGCCGCUCCCCACCCCAGCCAGCCAGAGAGAGAGAGAGGGCCGAACCUUUGGGAUUACACCCGUCAGAGAGAGCGAGAGAAGGGCAAACCUUCGGGAUUACACCUGUCAGAGAGAGAGAGCUGGUAUCAGCGGCACCAUGAGCCCGGGUUCGAAGGCCAAGGCCCAGAAGAACAGCCUGAGUGCCCUCCUCAACACCCAGGAGAGGGAGCAGCUGGAGGAGCAGCUGGGCCACAGGUGUGUGGCGGUCGCUACUGCGGUGGUGCAGCUGUACAUGGCCCUGCCCCACAGCCCCGCCCUCUGGAGCCUGCAGCACAUCGGGGUGGUGUGCUUCAUCAAGGACAACCCCCGCCGCGGCUACUUCAUCCGCCUCUUCGACGUCAAGGAAGGAAAGCAGGUGUGGGAGCAGGAGUUGUAUAACCAGAUGGAGUACUAUAGUCCUCGGCCGUUCUUCCACACUUUCAGUGCAGACGACUGCCAGGUGGGCCUGAACUUCACAUGUGAACAGGAAGCAGAAGCUUUCAGAGAAACAGUGGAGGAGAAGAUCCAGCAGAGAGCCAAUCGUCAAGAUAACAGAGGGCCGCCACCGCCCCCGCCACCCCACCCUAACGGACCAUCCCCAGGGAAUUCUGGGAGCCCGCGAACAGUUGACAUCCCGAACCCGGACAUCCAGGCGUCGCGCUACCGGUCGACGUCCAUCCCAACACCCGCACCCGCCUGCAUCAGCAUGGGUAAAAAUGACAAGAAGAAGAAGAAGGAUAAGGGCCGGCCCAAACUGACCAAGGCUGACAUCGGCGCCCCCAGUGGCUUUAAGCACAUCACUCAUGUUGGGUGGGACCCAAACUCAGGAUUUGAUACCAACAACCUGGACCCGGACCUGAAGAAGCUGUUCUCCUGUGCCGGGAUCAGCGACGAUCAGCUCACCGACGCGGAGACCUCCAAGCUCAUCUACGAGUUCAUCGAGAGCUCCGGGGGGCUGGAGGCCGUCAAAGAGGAGAUGAGGAAACAAGGACCCCCUCCAGGUCGUCCCGCUGCCCCCCCUGCUCGGGGACAGUCGCCCCGCGGUCCGAGCUCCUCUUCGAAUCGUGGACUCCCUCCCCCCCCUCCUCCCGGUCAGCCUCGCUCUGGGAGUGCCCCCCCUCCCCCUCCACCGCCCCCACCCCCUCCUCCACCCCCCUGUGCUGCGGGCCUCCCCCCUCCACCUGGGGGUGGCUGUGCUCCCCCACCCCCCCCAACCCAAUGCGGGGUCGGGGGCGGGGGCGGGCGAGGGACCCUGCUAGACCAGAUCCGCAUGGGGACCAAGCUGAAAAAUGUCCCAGACAGCCCUGAGUCCCACCCCCCUGAGGACGAGAGCAGCGAGGGCAUCGUGGGAGCUCUGAUGAUGGUCAUGCAGAAGAGGAGCAAAGUCAUCCACUCCUCCGAGGGGGAGGAUGACGAAGGUGAUGAUGAUGAAGACGAUGAUUGGGAUGACUGAUAAAUCUGUUUUUAUUCUUCCUCCUGUAAUGCCAAGUCCUCCUGAAAUCUGCUGUGCCUCACUAGCGUAUGUGUGUAUGUGUGACAAACUGCAUUUUAAAAAUUAUUAUUUCAUUUAUUUUAUGAAAAAAAUGAUCAAGCACCCAUAUUAUCCAUGUGAAAAGGUAAUGUCUUCUAAACCAAUUAACUACAUUUUACAGAUAAUUAGAAUGCAGCCAGACCUGUUGAAUUAGAACACGUAUUUUACCACUGCUAACCAGGAUAAACAACAAUGCUCAUUUUACAUUUAAAAAAAAAAAAAAAAAAAAAAAAAAAAAAAGCACCUGGAUGCUCUUGGGAUAAUGUUCUAUGGACAGAGCAGUCAAAAGUGGAACCUUUUUUUUGGAUGACAUGGGUCUCAUUGUAUCUGACAUAAAGCAAAUACAGCAUUUUACAGUAAGAACAUCAUACCAACAGUCAAACAGGGUGGUGGUAGUAUGAUGGUUUGGGGAUACUUUGCUGCCUAGGGACCUGGACGAUUUGUCAUUACCGAAGUAAGAAUGAAUUUGAUUCUGUACCAGAAACUUCUUAAGGAGAAUGUCCGGUCAUCUGUCUGUGAGCUAAAGUUAUAGUGUAACUGGGUUACACAGCAAAACAAUGAUCCAAAGCACAAAAGCAAGUCCACAUCUGAAUGGCUGAAACAAAAUUAAAGUUUUGCAGAGGCCUAGUCAAAGUCCUGACUUGAACUCAAUAGAGAUGCUGUAGCUGAAAUGAGCACGUCAUGCCUGAAAACUGCUAAUUUGUCUGAAUUAAAGCAGUUCUGCAAAGAAGAGUGGGCUAAAAUUACUCCACAGAAAUGUGGAAGACCGAUAUCAAAUUAUAGAAAGUGUCUGAUUGCAGUUGUUGCUGCUAAAGGCAGUCCAACCAGUUAAGUUAAAUGAUAAAUCUUUAUUUAUCAUUUUAA